AUGGAGCCUGGCUGGUCAUGGCGGGCCGAAUCCAAGGCACGACAACGGUCUUGGUUUUGUUCGACGAGGGUUCGUCUAUCGCACCCGCUUCCCCGAUGCAGUGCAUAUGCGCACGGCCAUGGAGAGAGUUCAACGUCGAUAGGCGAUGGGGGUGUAAUGGAUGAUAGGCGCCACAAUGCUUGGUCCCAGGGCGCGGGCAUGUCGUCGGCAGCAAAAGGCCAUGCUUGUAACAAGAUAAUCAAGGUCAGCGCUUCCUCCAAGCAAAGAAUAAAAACAAACAAGGUCAGCGGUAGCCAUGGCACCUGGGCGGGUGAGUGCGAGAGCGAGAGCGUGAAGGAUCAACCAGGAGAGGGCCCCAUCGGACGGUUUUUCGCUACCAAGCUGUCGGAGUCAGAGGCUUGUGAAAUGCCAGCAAUGCCAAUCAGCCCCCGGACCCCGAAGAUGAGCAGAGGCGUGGCCGAUUGCGCCCAUGCUGUCAAGGGCAAGACGCGUCUUGCUUGCUUGACGUAG